AGAGAUCUGCAUCAGCGCAGCCAAAGAGUGUGGUGUGUCUCUGUGUGUGUCUCUGUGUGUGUCUCUGUGUGUGUCUCUGUGUGUGUCUCUGUGUGUGUCCCUGUGUCUGUGUGUCCCUGUGUCUGUGUGUCCCUGUGUCUGUGUGUCCCUGUGUCUGUGUGUCCCUGUGUCUGUGUGUCCCUGUGUGUGUCCCUGUGUGUGUCCCUGUGUGUGUCCCUGUGUGUGUCCCUGUGUGUGUCCGUGUGUGUGUCUGUGUGUCCCUGUGUCUGUGUGUCCCUGUGUGUGUGUCCCUGUGUGUGUGUCCCUGUGUGUGUGUCCCUGUGUGUGUGUCCCUGUGUCUGUGUGUGUCACUGUGUGUGUGUGUGUCACUGUGUGUGUGUGUGUGUUUGUGCCUCUGUGUGUGUGUUUGUGUGUGUGCCUCUGUGUGCCUCUGUGUGCCUCUGUGCGUCUGUGUGCGUCUGUGUGUCUCUGUGUGUCUCUGUCUGUGUGUGUGUGUCUCUGUGUGUGUGUGUCUCUCUCUCUGUGUGUCUCUCUCUCUGUGUGUCUCUCUCUCUGUGUGUCUGUGUGUUUGUGCCUCUGUGUGUUUGUGCCUCUGUGUGUGUGUUUGUGUGUGUGCCUCUAUGUAUGUCACUGUGUGUGUGUGCGUCUGUGUGUGUGUUUGUGUGUGUCUCUCUCUCUGUGUGUGUGUGUCUCUCUCUCUCUGUGUGUGUGUGUGUCUCUCUCUCUGUGUGUGUGUGUCUCUGUCUGUGUGUGUGUGUGUGUGUGUGUCUCUGUCUGUGUGUGUGUGUGUGUGUGUGUGUGUCUCUGUCUGUGUGUGUGUGUGUGUGUGUGUCUCUGUCUGUGUGUGUGUGUGUGUGUGUCUGUCUGUGUGUGUGUGUGUGUGUGUCUGUGUGUGUGUGUGUGUCUCUGUGUGUGUGUGUGUGUGUCUCUGUGUGUGUGUGUGUGUGUCUCUGUGUGUGUGUGUGUGUCUCUGUGUGUGUGUGUGUGUCUCUCUGUGUGUGUGUCUCUCUGUGUGUGUGUCUCUCUGUGUGUGUGUCUCUCUGUGUGCGUCUCUGUGUGUGUGUGUGCGUCUCUGUGUGUGUGUGUGCGUCUCUGUGUGUGUGUGCGCGUCUCUGUGUGUGUGUGCGCGUCUCUGUGUGUGUGUGCGCGUCUCUGUGUGUGUGUGCGCGUCUCUGUGUGUGUGUGUCUUUCUGUGUGUGUGUGUGUGUCUCUCUGUGUGUGUGUGUGUGUGUGUGUGUGUGUGCGCGUCUCUGUGUGCGUCACUGUGUGUGUGUGUGUCUGUGUCUGUGUGUUCAUGCCUCUGUGUGUCUGUGUGUUUGUGUGUGUGUGUGUGUGUGUGUGUGUGUGUCUCACUGUGUGUGUUUGUGCCUCUGUGUGUGUAUCUGUGUGUUUGUGUGUGUGUAUCUGUGUGUUUGUGUGUGUGCCUCUGUGUGUCACUGUGUGUCUGUGUGACUGUGUCUGUUUGUGUGCGCGCAUAUGUCUGUGUGUUUGUGUGUGUGCGCAUGUGGGGCCGGAGAAAAUUUUGGCAGGACAAGUAAGAAUCUGAUGCACUAUUUCGACCACGCUAAUAGAAAGAACCCUUAGCGUUGAGCAAUCCUCUGAUGUAAACACAUGAUAGAAGUGAAUAGAAAUAGAGGUGGAGUUUGGUUAAAGGAGGGUUGUGAUUGACAGGAUCAGAUCAACAUGGUCUUCCACAACUCUAUCUAAAAUAAGCUUUAUUUAAAAACUAUAGCAGUCUCUGAUAUUACCUUAUUUAUAUAACAUUGUCUGUCUGUGUGGUUGAGGCAGAGAAAGUGUAAUUAAACUAUAUCAUCAUGUUUUCACACACACGCACACACAAUAGUCUUUGUUCUGGUUUAAUUAGUUUAAAUGACUUUCACACUGGCAGUUUAGUGUGAAACAGAGCAUGGUUCCCAUGAAAAAUGUUACAUGAGCACUGUUUUGCAGACUGGUACUGAACCCAGAGACUAUAUGUAUGAGGUGGUCUGAGCUCGGUUGCAAUACAGCGCAACAGUGCCCUCCUAUUGGUUCUGGAGGUAUUUUCUCCAUUGAUUUCUUCCAUAGACUUUUAAUAAAAUCCUUCAUAAAAGAGUUGUGAGCCAUGAACCAAACCAACCAGCUCCGAGGAGAAUCACAACAUCAUGAACUUUGUUUGGAGGCAAAAAAGUAUUUGAAAAUCAGACAUAAAGACAAAGAUACAAGACUGUGUACUUACCGUCUUUCAUCGGUCACAAACUACAAUCCCAUGAAGCAUUGUGAAUGAUGUCAUUGAAUAAAAACCGAUGGGAAUAUAUAAAACUAUUGAUUUUAGGUUGUUGAUUAUAAGUAUUGAAACAAUAUAUCAUUCACAGUGCAUCAUGGGAGUGGGCGGUCACUCCGAGACACGUUUCGUGGGUUUCGUUGGACGUGGUUCUCUGAUUGGUGGAUCUUUCUCUGCUGCAUCAUGGGUAAUGUAGUUGUUUACCAUGAAUUCUGCUAUCAAACAUGAUUUUUAUACAGUGAAGUUGAGAGCGCAGACUGAUGGCUUCAACGGAAGCAUAUAACGAUAUCGAUGAACAACCUCGUAGCUCAUUGUAGGUCUGUCUUUAAACGGUUUAUAAGUUAUCGUUGAAAAUCAGUUCUUACUUCUGGAACCAGAUUGUUGCGCUCUAUAGAACUGUGGAGUGAGAAAACAACCUAUACUCGGGUCCGCACUUGUUCAGAAAGUAAAAUAACUUUGCCGAUUUAAGAAUAGUCGUCUCCUGGAUAUUAACGUUUGCUGAAUUACAGCAUGCAACGCACAGAGGCACAAGUGUCGUUCACUAAUCCUGUGAGAGGAGACCUUGCUGCUAAACCAGUAAUGAUGUAUUAUACAUUAAUAUUUUUGUAGUGUUUUGUAUGUAUAUUUUUUAUAUUGUUACAUAUAUUAAAAUGGACUGAUUCACAAGGCAGAAAAUACCUGUAAAUGUCCGUUUGAACUCUAUUAUGAGCGUGCGGCGUAAUGUGACGUGGUAAAACUUGAUCACUCAAAAAUUGCAUGCACUCUAGAUUGCGGUAGUUUAAUUGAGUCGUCAUUUGUUUCACCCAGCGCUCCAUUUUUAACAGAAGUUCAUCAAAAAAUGAAAAAGUGGCUAUAUUCACACAGCAGUAGAAUACAGUUGUUACAAACACACGCACACACAAACACACACACGCACAAACACAUACACACAGUUCAGCUGCAUUCUGUAACUUAAAUCAUCACAACUGAAUUAUAAGAGUGAGUUCAGUUAACCGGUGCUGUGUGAAUGCUGCUGCACUGGACAACAAGAUGUGUGUCAAAUUACACCAUUUAAACACACACUUGCCUCUAGAGGACAUUUUCACACCUAGUUCGUUUGAGCACUCCAAACGGUCACAGAGCGGUAUAACGUGUAUAUGUGAACAACCCAAAUGAUCUCAGACCCACCUAAAAGGUCCCACAAACAAAACCGAACUCUGAUCACCUCGGGAGGUUCGUUUGCGGGUCCUUUUGUGGUUUGAUUGAUUGUUGCUAUGUGAAGGCGAAGAGGUACCAGUCCGUUUUGCUUUUGUUAUGACAUGAGUACCUCAAGGCUUGCCAUUCAACUGCAUUACAUAAUCGCCUUAUUGAGAUUAUCAAACUGCGAUUAUUGUGAACUUUAAAUUGCACACAUUUUACUGUCCAAAUAAGGGAAUUUUAAGCAGAUAUAGAAAUACCAUGAUUAGCAUGACCGCGCUGUUAUCUGAGCACUCCAAAUGAAACCGUCCGCAGUCAGAGCAGCUUCUGAAGAGCAUGUGAAGAUGAACUGUUUUGAAGUGCUGUGAUGCACGUGCCGUUUGCUGAGGUUCACGCCAAACUCCUACGAAAAUACAAGCUAUUUUGAUGGUGAAAGCAAAGCUGUCCGUUUCACUUUAAUUUAAUGUUUGUGUAAUGGCAAAUUAUUUGGGUUCAUUAAUAUAUGCAGUAUUAAUGACAUGCAGGAGGAGACGCCUGAUUUAUUUCUGUUGAGAAACAUAUUUUUAAAUAGUCAUAGAAUCUUAUUUUGUUUUCCUUCAUGAGAAAUAAGGGUUUGUGGGUUUAAUCGGAGACCCUUAACAUAAUGUUAAAGUAAAGAAUUUAGGGGGAGUCAUGUGACGCCACGUGAGGUUCGGACGUGUGAACAGCAAGCUCUGCGCACUUUGCUAGUUUUAAUACUAUUAUUGUCAUAAACCGGUGAGAUUCGAUACACCCUGUUCAAUAACUGUUCUAGGAAGACAAAAUGUCAAAGAAUUCAAAAUCCUCAAGCUCUGGAGACAUUAAAAGACACUUACGUGCUCAAGCUGAUGCCCCUGACAAGGCCGCAGACCAGGGAGCCGAUUUGGCUGGAGAAGUGAAGGAAAUUCGGCUUGAAUUGUUGAACGUGUUGGCAAUGCUGACCAAAGUCGUUGCUGACUUGGAGGAGCUUGCUGUAAUAUGUUGAUCGAUCACUGCCACGGAGACGAAAUUCACUGAGAUGAUUACAAGAGUGGGGGAUGUUGAGAAACGGAUCAAUUAUCUGGAGUCAUCGGAGAGGGAAUUCACUGCUAACCCGCUAGCGACCAAAGUGGAUCUAGAGCAUGUCUGGGAGAAGCUGGAGGAUAUGGAGAAUUCCUGAGGGAGCAGGGGGUCAGAAUAUGGUGGAAUUCCUGGACGGGCUCUUUCCGAGUCUGCUUGAAGUUAACAGGCCAUAAGCUGGAAAUCGAGCGAGCUCGCAGUGUUCCAGCUCGGCGAUCCGCUGAGGGAGACAGGCCCCGAUCAAUUCUGGCCAAAUUUCUGAGAUCAUCCGAUAAAGAUCUUGUGUUACGUGAGGCGAGGAGUAAAGGAAGGCUUUCUUGGAAGAACCACAGCAUUUUCUUGUUCCCAGACUUUGCGAAUUUGACGAGAGAAACGUGAUCGAUUCAAGGAAUGCAAGAAACUCUUACAUUAACGGAAGGUCACUUUUGCACUGAUGUUCCCGGCCAAAUUGAUAAUAGAUGAUAAGGAUGGCCGUAAAACAUUCACAUGCCUCCAGCAAGAGAUGUCCUUCAUAAAGUCAAUGGAGUGAGUUAUUUUGUGGUACGUUGCAGCCGAGUGGACCGACUCACUGAACAUUCGUUUGACUGUCUGAGGAACUGAGUGCCUUUUUUGUUCCUUUUUGUGCUGGUUCCACCUAGUGGCUGGAGUUUGUUUUGUGGAAUAACACUCCUUCGGGACAGUGUUGUGGAUGAAUCUGCAUGUUCUUUGUGCUUAUGCCUCCUAUUGGCUGGAGUUUGUUUGUGGAGUAUUUCUUGCAAGUCAUUGGAGUGAUUGGGUCAUUUGUUGCACUCAUGUAACAGUCGAAUGGGCCGGCUCACUGAACAUUCGUUUGACUGUCCGAGGAAAAUUAGCGGCUUUUUAUUUUUAUUUAUUUAUUUUUUGUGCUGGUUCCACCUAGUGGCUGGAGUUUGUUUUGUGGAGAAACACAACUUCGGGACAGUUAUGUGGUUGAAUCUACACAUUCUUUGAGUUUAUUCCGCCUAUUGGCUGGACUUUGUUUUAUAGAUUAUCUUUUGUUGUGUAAUUCUGUCUCACAAAAUGUGUAUAGAAACACUGGACUUGAGCAUUCCGAUGGCAAAAGUGUUGCGGGGGCACUCGUAGGCAUACAUGGACUGUUUGAGUUUAGAGGGAUGGACGCCAGUUGGCACUGUCGUGCGCGGGGUUAAUGCGCAUGUUUUUCUUUUUUCUGUUUGUUUGGUUCUGGGGGAAGUUCGGGGUUUGAUUGUUGCUCUAAUGUUGGAAUGUGAUCUUUAUAAUCUUGCUUUUGACACAAUCUAUUUUUUCUCAUAUAUCAAAAUGUCAAAUGUUAAUACGAGUGGAUUGUCUCUCUCUAUGUGGAAUGUGAAUGGGUUGGGGCACCCCAUAAAAAGAAGGAAGGUUAUUUCUCUUCUUAAGCGUAAGAAAUAUGAUUAAGUUUUUCUUCAAGAAACGCAUCUUUCCCCACAGGAAGCUGAAAAAUUUGGGAAGAUAUGGGGUGGACAUGUUUUCUUUAGUGCUGGCUCAAGUAAGAGCAGGGGAGUCAUUACACUAAGUAAACAUCUACAAUUCAAAUGUCUCAAACAGAUUAAAGAUAAAUUAGGAAGAGUAAUUAUUGUUUUAGCAAAAAUUCAGGGGCAAAGUCUUAUUUUGGCUAAUAUUUACGCACCUAACGCUGAUGAUCAGGGCUUUUUUAUAGAUCUUGAAGGGAUGCUGCAAGCCGCUGGCACCCCUCAUGAUAUAAUAUUGGGAGGAGACUUUAAUCUUUUGAUGGAUUCAGUCCUUGAUCAUAGUGAAGCAAAAGUGUGUAAGCCCCCUAGAGCAACACUGAUGCUUCACAGGAUGUGUAAAAAUCUUGGUCUUACAGAUAUUUGGAGACUUUUGAACCCAUCUGGUAGGGACUAUACAUUUUUUUCAUCAGUCCAUAAGAUUUAUUCUAGAAUAGAUUUUUUUUUUUUUUAUAUCUAAGUCCCACAUUUCAUCUGUUGUUGAUUGCCCAAUUGGAAACAUCUUAGUCUUAGAUCACGCCCUGGUGAGUUUAGAGGUGUUGCCACAUAUGGAGAAAAAGAAAUCAUAUAGUUGGCACUUUAAUGUAUUCCUUUUGCAAAAUCCUGAAUUCCAACAAAUGUUAAAGACUGAAAUCAAUGUUUAUAUGGAGACCAACUGGUCCUCAGUAUCCUCUGUGGGCGUGGCUUGGGAGGUACUUAAGGUGGUUCUCAGGGGCCGGAUCAUACAGUAUGCCUCAUUCACCAAAAAAUCCAAAGCACAAGAACUCGUGGAGUUGGAAGGGAAUAAUAAAAGUGCAGAGGCAGAGCUGAAGCACCGAAUGUCGUCUGAUGGCCUCAGAGAAUUGACCCGAUUGAAAUACAGAUAUAAUGCUAUUUUGUCACGGAAAGUGGAGUUUUGGCUAUUCAGGGCAAGACAGUCAUACUUUGAGUCGGGGGACAAAGCAGGAAAACAUUUGGCUAGAUAUAUAAAGCAGAGAGAGUCUCUUUCUACCAUUCCCUCAGUGAAAUCUGCUGGUGGUGAAAUAUUUACCUUGGCCAUUGAUAUUAAUAAUGCCUUUAAAGAAUUCUGUCUUGAUCUCUAUAGUUCCACGUCUUCAUCUACUGAUGAGGAUAUUAGAAACUUUGUGGAACCAUUAGAUCUUCCUAAACUGACGUCUGAGCAAAAGAAUUCUCUUGAAUCUGAGAUAACCUUGGAGGAGCUUGUCGAGGUAAUUAAGGCCUUGCCAACAGGCAAGGUUUCGGGGCCAGAUGGCUUUGCUGCUGAAUUUUUUAGAUCUUAUGCUACAGAAUUGGCUCCACUUUUGCCAGAAGUUUAUAUGGAAUCAUUAAAGAUUGGAAAGCUCCCGCCAACCAAGACACAAGCCCGGAUCAGUCUGAUUCUUAAAAAGGACAAAAAUCCAAGCGAGUGUAAGAGUUACCGUCCAAUUUUCCUGAUCUAGUUAGAUGUUAAAAUAUUGUCAUUUUGGCUAACCGAUUAAAAGGUUAUGACGUUUCUUAUAUAUAUCAAGUGGGGUUUAUUCGGGCCGUAGCUCUUCUGAUAACAUCAGGCGUCUCAUCAAUAUCAUGUGGUCAGUAGCGAAUGAUCAGACUCCAGUUGCUGCCAUUUCACUGGAUGCUGAAAAGGCCUUUGAUAUGGUAGAAUGGGAUUAUCUUUUUAAGAUUUUGGAAAUACUUUUAUUGGUUGGAUUAAGUUACUUUAUAAACACCCUGUAGCAGCGGUACAAACAAAUGGAUUAAUUUCAGAUUAUUUUACUCUGGAUAGGGGCACUCGGCAGGGUUGCCCUCUUUCCCCUUUAUUGUUCUGUCUUGCCCUGGAACCAUUAGCAGCCGCGAUAAGAAAGGAAGAUGAUUUUCCAGGGGUGAUGGCGGGAGGUGUGGAGCAUAAGCUUUUGCUUUACGCAGAUGAUAUUUUAUUAUUAAUCUCCGACCCCACUAGAUCUUUGCCUUGCCUCAACAGAAUUAUUAAUUCCUUUUCUAAAUUCUCAGGAUACAGAGUUAAUUGGUCUAAAUCCGAAGCUUUGGCUCUGACAGCAUACUGCCCAGUAAUGGCUUUCCAGCCGUUAUUUUAUUCCCAGCAAAUUUGUCCGAUUUAGUUAGUGUUAAUUUUGACCCUUUAAUAAAAAGUUUUUCGAGCGAUGUGGGCAGGUGGGCUUCAUUACAUUUAUCUCAGCUACGUUCAGCUACGAUAUCAGAAGACUACAAAGGACAGUUCGGACUGCUGAGAGGAUUAUUGGUUGCCCCCUGCACCCCCUUCAAGAACUAUACACUUCCAGAGUGAGGAAAAAGGCUGGAAAAAUCACUCUGGACCCCACUCACCCUGCCCACUACCUUUUUGAACUGUUGCCUUCUGGCCGACGCUUCAGAGCUCUGAGCACCAGAACCGUCAGGCACAGGAACAGUUUUUUUCCUCAGGCUAUCCAUCUCAUGAACAGUUAAACUGCCUCAUUGAGCAAUAACUAUGUGCAAUACACAGUUUAGUCUUUUUAUAUUUAUCCAACACAUCCAACCUCCUCUGCCAUUUCAUUCCUCUAGGAAAAAAACUUUUGCACUGUACAUAACAGAUUUGUAUUAGAUUUGCACUACCCAUGUGUAUGUGUGUAUGUAAGUAUGUGUGUCUGUACAUAUGUGUAUAAUUAUUUUUUAUUUUUUAUUAUUAUCUAUGUCUUGCUGCUGUUUUUGUAUGGUUGUACACUGGAAACUCCUGUCACCAAGACAGAUUCCUUGUGUGUGUAAGCAUACUUGGCAAUAAAGCUCAUUCUGAUCUGAUUCUGAUUCUGAUCUAUGAUUGGGAAGGUUAAUGUUCUUAAAAUGAAUUGUAUUGCAAAAUUCAACUACCUGCAACAAUCUCUCCCUGUAGAUGAACCCCUCUCUUAUUUCAAGCAAUUUGAUAGCAUAGCGAAGUCCUUCAUUUGGAAUGGUAAACAUCCCAGAUGACAUUUUAAUAAAUUACAUAGACCGAUUGAUAAAGGUGUGCUAGGCCUACCCAAGAUUUUGUUUUAUUAUUAUGUGUUCAGUCUCAGACAUUUGGCUUAUUGGUCUCUUCCACCUGAGAGACCCCUCCCUGGUUUUGUAUUGAACAGGAAGUUCUUGCCCCUAUUUCGCCAUUGCAAAGCCUUUCUAUCAAUCUAACCGGAGAAGUUAAGUUACACCCCGUUAUCUCGCAUUUACACUCAGUAUGGACAAAAGUGUCCAGAUUGUUUAAUUGGGACAUUUAUUUAAAUGUUAUCUUGAGCAUAUGGCUGAACCCAAAAAUUAUGUUAAUUAUUUUAAUAUGUCCCCUUUCUGCUGGUCAGAGUGGAUUGUGAGGGGGGUUGCUACACUCGGUGACCUAUAAGUGGAGUGUUGAGAUCCUUUGAAAAUUUGGUUCAGCAUUUUGGGAUUCCCAGAUCUCAGUUCUUUAGGUAUUCCCAGCUGCACCACCUGCUCUGUAUUGUUUUUGGGAGUAGCAUACACCCCCCUAAGACAGCAGAUACUCUGGGAGGGGUGAUUACUGCUUUUGGAAAAGGUCAUGAGGCAUCAGUGUAUUACUCCCUGCUAAUUCAGAGUCUGGGGGACGGAGCUUUAACUUCUAUCAAGAGAUUAUGGGAGAAAGAUUUAAACUUGGUACUGGAGGAGGGGGUGUGGGCUAGGAUUCUAAAAAAACAUCAAGUCUGCAUCUAGAGAUGCAAGGGUGAACCUUAUGCAAUUUAAGAUUUUACAUUGAUUCUGUUGGACCCCCUCUAGAUUGUAUAGGCUUGGUCUUAAAGACACACCACCUGCUAGCGAUGCCAAUCAGAAGAUGGAGACACAACCCAUGUCUUCAGAGUUUUAUGUGUGACGUAUUGGGCACUCGGAUUUUGUUUUGUCCCAGACUCUGUGUUUUGGUUGAUGGGGCGGUCAUCGAUAUGGGGAAUAAACACAAAAAAUUGGGUUCUGACCAGUGUAAUGAUCACCAGGCAAAUUAUUUUAAGGGGAUGGAGGUCGGCUGGAGUGCCCCCAUUUCAAGAGUGGUGCACGGAGAUGGGGAGGGUGGUGGCUUUUGAGGAAGUGUCAUUUAGAAGAGGGGGUAACUUAGAUUUGUUUUUUGGGAAAUGGGGAACUCUGUGGAGUUUUUGGAGUUUAUAUACAGUAUAUAUAUA